AUGAAACCCUCAAAGGCUUCCCAGCGAUAUAGAAGCAUCCGGAGAAAUGCCAGCCAGCUCUACCAGGAGUCCCUGCUGCUCUCUUCCCUGGAUGACAGCUGUAAUGCUGAUGAAAUGGGGGACAGCAGUGACCCGGAGCAGAUCUUCCAGAAUAUACAGUUCCAGAAAGAUCUCAUGGCAAACAUUCGCUGCCGACCCUGGACCAUGGGACAGAAGCUGAGGGCACUGAGACGAGCAAAGGAGAUCGUGCUGAAGUUUGAAGGGAGGCUGACCAGGACCCGGGGCUACCAGGCAGCAGGGGCAGAGCUCUGGCGGAAGUUUGCUCGUGUCGCCUGUAACUUUGCAGUGAUCUUCAUUCCCUGGGAGAUGAGGAUAAAGAAAAUUGAGAGUCACUUUGGAUCUGGGGUUGCCUCCUAUUUCAUCUUCUUGAGGUGGCUGUUUGGAAUUAACAUUGUGCUCAUGGUUAUGACAGGGGCCUUUAUUGUCAUCCCAGAGCUCAUCGCAGGCCAGCCCUUUGGGACCACAGCCAGCAAGAGCAUCCCCAAGGCACAGGUGGCUUCAGCCCAAGACCUGGACACCGUCUGGUCCCUGGGGGGUUACCUCCAGUACUCAGUCCUCUUCUACGGCUACUACGGCCGCGAGCGAAGGAUCGGGAGAGCGGGCUACCGGCUGCCCCUGGCGUAUUUCCUUGUGGGGAUGGCCGUGUUUGCUUACAGCUUCAUCAUCCUCUUAAAAAGGAUGGCUAAGAACUCACGCACGAGCCUCGCCAGUGCCUCCAGUGAAAACUACACCUUCUGCUGGCGGGUGUUUUGCGCCUGGGACUACCUCAUCGGGAACCCAGAGGCCGCAGAGAGCAAAGCUGCUGCCAUCGUGAACAGCAUCAGGGAGGCCAUCCUGGAAGAACACGAGAAGAAGAAAAGCAAGAACCUAGCGGUGACCAUCUGCCUGAGGGUCAUCGCCAAUGUCCUGGUGCUCCUCUCGCUGGCCGGGAGCAUCUACCUCAUCUACUUCGUGGUGGACCGGUCCCAGAAGCUGGAGCAGUCCAAGAAGGAGCUAACGCUUUGGGAGAAGAAUGAGGUGAGCGUGGUGGUCUCUCUGGUGACCAUGCUCGCACCGUCCGCCUUUGACCUCAUCGCGGCCUUGGAGAUGUACCACCCACGGACCACGCUGCGCUUCCAGCUGGCAAGGGUCCUUGUGCUGUACCUGGGGAACCUCUACAGUCUGAUCAUCGCACUCCUGGACAAAGUCAACAGCAUGAGCACCGAGGAAGCUGCUACCAAAAAUAACACCAGUCACUGGCUGGAUUCCACUACCUUCUCCACCACCAGGACAGCCCCUGAAGGAGAGAAGGUGUCCACACCUGGGCCAGGGACGGGGCUCGGGAGAAACAGCACUUGGGCCCCGGCACCGGCUGGCGUCCCGGCUUACACCUCGGCCCUCUCGGAGGCCAACCGGACUGCCGCAGGCAGCCAGGGCCUGCAGGGCCAGUGCUGGGAAACCUACGUCGGGCAGGAGAUGUUGAAGCUGUCCAUCAUCGACAUGCUCUUUACCGUGGCCAGCGUCCUGCUCAUCGACUUCUUUCGGGGUCUCUUUGUUCGGUACCUGAGUGACUACUGGUGCUGGGACCUGGAGAGCAAGUUUCCUGAAUAUGGAGAAUUCAAAAUCGCAGAGAACGUGCUGCACCUCGUCUACAAUCAAGGAAUGAUCUGGAUGGGGUCCUUCUUCUCCCCGUGUCUCCCUGCAUUCAACGUCCUCAAACUGAUUGGGCUCAUGUACCUGAGGAGCUGGGCUGUGCUCACCUGCAACGUGCCCCACCAGCAGGUGUUCCGGGCAUCCAGGUCCAACAACUUCUACCUGGCCAUGCUCCUGUUCAUGCUCUUCCUCUGCAUGCUGCCCACCGUGUUUGCUAUUGUCCGGUACAAGCCAUCUCUGCACUGCGGGCCUUUCAGUGGGCAAGAGAAAAUUUAUGACAUCGUGUCGGAAACGAUCGAGAAGGACUUCCCCGCAUGGUUCAGCGCUGCGGUCGGGUACGUCAGCAGCCCCGUGGUGAUCCUGCCGGCAGUGCUGCUGCUCUUCAUGCUCAUCUACUACCUGCAGAGCAUCGCGCGGUCUCUGAAGCUCAGCAACCACCAGCUCAAAAUGCAGAUCCAGAAUGCAAGAUCUGAAGAUAAGCGAAAGGUUACCCAAAUGAUGGAAGCCCGAAUCCAAACCCAAGAGGAAAGCACCAAGAGGCUCUCAAAGGACAGUGACCUCGGCAGCCAGCUGUCCCUGACUUGCUCAGUGACACCCCAGAACAAUGGCCAUGCGGUCAGUUUUGACUCAUCGAGCAGCAGGAGUGGCAGGGUAGCGAUGGUCACCCAGCCCACGUCCCAGAGCCCCCGGCCAGGGCCCAGCAGCCCCUGCGCGACCCUUCCUGGCAUCUCGAGACGGGGGCCAGAGCGCGACGCCGACAGGCACCCACGUGGUCCGUGUGCGGGCACAGGCAACCCUCACAGGAACAGACCCCGCACACCUGUGGCGUUUACAGAGCACCUGGAAGAUGUUCGCUCAGAACCUCCUCUCCGAGAAGACUUCGAGGGCAUCAGCCCUCGCCCCCAUGGGCCAGGGGCCUUGGCUGUGGCGCCACGUGCUCCUAGGCCCCCCGCCCCCAGAUGCUGUCUUGGUAACGAGCGUGACUCCCACAAAACCCGGCCAACACUCUGGCCUGAAGGACGCUUCAGAAUAGGUGCCUAUGGGGAAGCUGUGGAAACGUACCCCGGGAACGUGCGACACUGUGUAUCCUGGGCCCCGCAGCGGGCUCGCCCUCCGCAGCGGAGCGAAGAGGAGGAGCCGCGGGGGGGAGAGCUGAGCCGUCGGCCUCCACACCCACACUGCCUGGCAGGCCUGCACGGGGCUCCUCACUUUUUUGUUGGCGGCGGGUCAGGGAUCCACGCCCUGGCUCCUGAGCACCAGGGAUGGGGGCAUCCCAGGCCUUGGAAGGACAGUUUUGACGGUCGCCUUGACAGGCCCAUGUACGUGCAGAGGAAGCCACGCUCCCGGCAUUCCCAGCACCCACCGCACCCCGGGAGGCCCAGGGGCAAGCCCGCAUGCGAGCCCACCCUCACCGAAUCUGAUUCCUUGUCGGCGGCGUCCAGCAGCGACCAGCAGAGCAGCAGCACAGACCAGUACCUCCAGGUCUCCCACAGACACGACAAGGCCCCGAGGGGCGUGGGCCGCAGCGGCAGGAGGAAGGCUGUGUCGAGGCAGGAGCUGCUCGUGGAUCUGAACGCCCUGAUCUGUUCACACGUCUAG